UUGUUCUGAUGUUCAUUUCAUUUGUAGGAAAUGCCACUGCUCUCUUCUGUUCUUGUCUCCCAUCAUUACGUUCCUGAGAGUUAUCCGGAAAAAAUCCACGGAGGAUUUCUCCGGCGUUCCGUAUAAUAUGACCUUGCUCAACUGCCUCCUCUCCGCCUGGUAUGGAUUACCCUUUGUUUCACCAAAUAACAUGCUCGUGUGGACAAUUAAUGGCACUGGGGCGGUCAUUGAAGCCAUCUACGUGCUCAUUUUCCUGAUCUAUGCACCAAAAAAGGUGAAGGCUCGCAUGUUUGGCCUACUGGCGCUCGUUUCCUCUUUGUUUGCUGCUGUUGCUCUCAUCUCUGUGCUCUCCCUCCAUGGCCACACACGAAAGCUUUUCUGUGGUUCAGCUGCCACUAUCUUCUCUAUUUGCAUGUAUGCCUCGCCUUUGUCUAUCAUGAGGCUAGUGGUGAAGACAAAAAGUGUGGAGUUCAUGCCAUUCUUCCUAUCUCUGUUUGUAUUCUUGUGCGGGACUUCAUGGUUUAUCUACGGGUUGCUUGGCCAUGAUCCUUUCAUCAUUAUACCAAAUGGUUGUGGGAGUGCUCUGGGUGCAGUUCAGCUGAUACUGUAUGUGAUUUACAGAAACAACAAAGGAGAAAUAUCUGCUGCUACUGCUUCGAAAGGCGAAGCAAUUGAGAUGGGCGACGUUAAACCAUCGCAGGAAAAUGUUUAUAAUAAUGAGAAGAAGAAGCAGAAUGAGCGCAGUGAAAAUGAACAGGUCUAAGUAGCUAUGACAAUUUGAAUGAUGAACACCAUCACAAAGAACAUAGAAUGAUUGAUGGAUUGUUGCAUUGUUGUUGCUAUUGAUUGCAUUUUGCUUAUAUCUCUUCAUU